CAUCAUGAUAUGAACGUGAACUAUUCCAACUCACUGAUGACCUUCUGGCCUCAGACAUACAACGAUACUCUUGGAGCUUACAACAGUUACCCAGUCAACCUCAAUGACCUCAUCAGAAUGACUGACGCCAUGCCACUGAAUGCAACGUAUGCGUUUCUCGAGAAGCUGGGUCUAAAAAAUGUUGAGGGGAUCAUCAAAGUCUUAAUGGAAAUCAGACGCGGUUACACACAGGCGUUUCACAUCCCCCCGGACUUCGAUGACAGCUUCCUGAACAUUGGUCUUGGUUCCAUCUUGUCAGAGGUCCCACCUGUACCCGACCUACGACAAGAUGUGGAGAGCCACAACACCAAUCUCACGUCUGUGUUCGACGCCCUUAAGCACUACGCCUACAGGCCGUUCUCUGGGAACCAAAGGGUAAACACCAUCGACCCCAGGACGUACUACUACUUGCGACAGUGGUUGCAGCAGGAGAAACAGGCCGGACACGAUGUAGCCUUAGUGCCGACAUGGAUCCAGGACACUGACGAGGUACGCAUUUGGUUCGACAAGGGAGUCAUGAUGCCAUUUAACGUCAACAACAUUGACGUCACUGUGUGUGCCAACUUCAUAUUUGGUGUCACCAAUGGAAUCAUUAAUGGGCUCUUUCAACCAUCGCUGUUGGAUGAUCCCGAAAUAAUGCAAAUCUAUAAUGAUACAUCUCGGAUGAUCACUUUCCAAGUCCAGACCAACUUCUCUGACCGAGCAGACCUGGCGUUGACGUACUACCCCUCUGUCACUGAGUUCUACUGGUUUGUGGCCAGGACGUACAACAAACUCCAGGAAACCCUGGACAGGACAGGAUCGCUGCCUCACAAGGGAAUGGAACAGGUGCUUGUGGAGUUCAAGCGUGUACUGAGAACAUACGCUAGCCCCAGGGUUGUGGCUCAAGGCCACUCAGGUUCUCAUGACGGCUAUGACGUCAUCUACUAUGACGACUUCAUUGGCAAUGCAGACAAAACAUAUGAAAAUCAAAGUGUGAACAACGCAGAGGACCGCAUAUUCACGACCUCCAUGGCCCUGAACGCCCUACUGACCACCUGGACAACACAAGACCAGAAUAGCGAGAAGGUCAUCUGGGAUAAAGAUACACCUGCUGAUGUAAAGACUACAGUUGAAAGAAUCGUCACCUGGUUGUAUUAUUUCGGUUUGUUUGCUGGGUUCGAACCGUGGAAUGCAUUUUUCUCCGGCUCCUACAAGGGAGUUACGAAUGCGUAUACAUUUUGA